UAUCCCCUCCAAAGGGCGGAUACGGCCAGUCAGAGAAUAGAUAUAUUCAGACCUUCACAAUAGAGAACAAACAUCUCUUUCUGAGACUCAGAUCAUCUCUAUAUAUCCUAGAAACCAAACCUUUUCCAUAAUGUUUGGCAAUUGAAGAUUACUAAGCUGUAGACUAGACCUGCAGACUAUCUUGGGAACUACAAGUCACUUCAAGAAACAAGCAAGAUGGCUGACAUCAUGGUUCAUAAGUUCUCCUUCCCCCUUACCUGUCCACCAUGUCACGCCCAACCCAAUCAGCAGCCAAUCACAGAGGAGAAUCAGCACCCUGGCAACCAGCGACAGGAGUCUGGAAGUGUUACACUAAGACCCAAAGACCCAAAAGACAACCCGAAACAAGCGAACCCAGAACCGAACAAAAAGCCAACACACAAUGAUAAACAGUCACAAGAGGAGUGCAAGCGCACCAUUAAAGCUUACAUGAUAAGUGAGAAAGAGGGAGGAGCACCUUCUAAGCCCCGCCCUGCUGAUUCAGUGUUUUCACACAAGACUGUGUUUGAGAAAUGGGAAAGCCUGCAGUAUGAAGAGCAGCGGCCAAGCACGAAGCGGCAGCUGUCUGCAGAGAGUGCAGCGAAGUGUGUGAGUGUGAGGAAGAGGAGCAGUGUGACGAGCAGCAGAGAAGAGCCAGCGAAACCUCUCUCACCCACUGAUCCUGGCAGACAGCCCGGGAAAGCCUGUCUGCCCAUAAGCUCCUCCUCUCAGAGGAAGCCAAGAAGACAGCUGUUCAGCAGCACUGGGGUCUUCCACAAAGUGGACACACUGGCAAUUAGUGCAGGGAGAGAGCUGAAGGAACAGGGAGUGUUCUCAGCUCAAAGCAUCGCUCGUGCGAUCACACAGGGGGCCAUAAAUGAGCUGGAGAAACUCAGGGCCAUAUGGGUCUGGCUCUGCCAUAAUAUCGAGUAUGAUGUGGAGGGGUAUCUGGGUCUUUCUCCAAAGCUCUGCACCCCUGAAGAAGUCAUUAAGCAGGGACGAGGAGUAUGCAGUGGGUUUUCCAGCAUCUGCCUGGAGAUGUGCAGGGAGGUUGGAGUUCAAUGCGAGGAAGUGAGCGGCUACAGCAAGGGCAUUGGGCACUCGCCUGGACGCAAGUUGGCACAAGAUCGCUCAGACCACAGUUGGAACGUGGUGUGGGUGAAGGAUAGGUGGGGGCUGCUGGACGCCUGUUGGGGGGCUGGCACUGUCAACAUGGAAACCAAAACGUUUGUCAAGAGGUUCGACGAUUUCUACUUUCUGACGGAUCCGAGUGAAUUUAUCAACUCUCACUUCCCUGAUGAGCAGCACUGGCAACUGCUGGACACUCCCAUCUCAUUGGAGAAGUUUGAGCUGGGACCCUUGAAGACCUCGGCAUUCUACACUCUGGGAUUGACCCUUCAACAACCAACACAAUACAAAAUAACCACAGAAGAUGGGGAAGCAACUGUGUCCGUGACCUCGUCCAGACCGUUGACCUUUGCCUACGAACUGAGGCAGCGGGAUGUCCAGACAGGAGUUCCAGGCCAGAGGGAGGUUGACAGCUCCUGUGGCCUGCUGUCAGUGACCCGUCAAGGAAUGAGUCUGCGCCUGCUGCCCCCGGACCCAGGAGACUACGAACUAAAGCUGUUUGCUCAGGCAGAGGGCGACUCCGGGGCACUGCGCUGGGUCUGCUCGCUGGAGCUGGAGUGUCCAGCCGUCCGGCAGAGUCAGCCACUGCCUGCUAACCCCUACAUGAGCUGGGGUUCAGGGGCCAGGGCUGGAGCGUUGGGGGUGAAAGGUUGCAGCCUGCCAAAUGAAGAGCCUCUGGAAGUGGGUGAAGGAGGAGAGUGCGAAGUGAUUCUGCACACUGCUCGACCGCUGAUGGUGGUUUGUGAGCUUGCACAUGCCUUGCUUGACCCUGCAUUGGCCAAGCGUUGUCUGGCAUUACAAAUAGCAGCAGAACGGUUGGUGUGCAACGUGCUGUGCCCCUACAAAGGCUUCUACCGACUCUCCAUGUUCGUGCGGGAUUACAGCGAUGGAAGUGGGACCCUUCAAAAUGUUGGCAACUUUCUGCUGCACUGUAAGAGUCAAGGAGUCAAUCUUAACCAACUGUACCCCCCUGACCUUGGCCCAUGGUGUGGUCCAGGCAUGCGUACGGACGCGGCCGGACUGUCCCAAUUCAGUCACCCAGGGGCGUUAGUGAACGUACCUCAGGGGCGCUGCAAUAUCACCUUCCAUCGCACUUCACCGGAGCUGCAAAUCCAUGCAGUCCUUAGCACAGAGAUGAGUCAGAAGAGUCAAGUCAAGUCUGGGCCUGGGCAGGGCCUGAACUCCGAGACGAGUCAUAAAGACAAGGCCUCUUCAAAGCAGGACAACAGCACAACAGAGCUGCACCAAGAGGCCCUCUUCCCGCUCUCGCGGUACAUCCUGCUCACACUCACGGAUAGCAAAGUGACUGUUAGCGUUUCCGCAUCCAGUCCUGGAGUCUAUCGCCUGGGCUUGUAUGGACGGAUGCCACCUCAGCAGGAAUUCUCCCCACUGUGCGACUAUGUUCUACGGAGCAUGUGCGAAAAGCGUGGAGAUCCCUUCCCGUGUGUGUAUUCAGCAUGGGGGAAAGGGUGUGUGCUACUGGAGCCACGGUCAGGCCUGCUGGCUCCACAGAGCUGGGUGCGCGUCCGAGUGAAAGUCCCUGCGGCGCGGAAAGUAAGUGUGCUGGCAGAGGAGCGAGUGGAGCUGAAGAUGAAUAAGAGCAAGGUGUGGGAGGGCGAGGCUUACACAGGAAGCAUCAGGCAAAUCAAACUGACCGCUGCAACCUCAGAGGCCGGCGACAUGGCUGUUCUCAUGACCUUCGAUGUCCUUGAUCUGGAAAGUGAGCCCUGAUAAUGGAGAUGGACGUGUAGUGCAUUUUAGCCUAGAAUCUAUUGUUGUAUUAUCAGCAUUAUGCACUACAUAGGGAGCAAAGGACACUUUGGGAUUCAGCCAAAGAAAGAUUUUGUGUUUGUGAUACCCAGAGAGUGUGCAUUAAGAGAGCUUAAUAGACAAAAUAAUGAUAGAUAGAAGUUUUUUUUUUGAUGAAUUCUGUACUGAAUAUAAAUUUAUAUAUAUAUUUCUGAUUGUUCAUUUUUUGUAUUUCACUGGAUGUAUAUUUGAAGUAGAGGUUUAGCACUUGUCAUUCAAGCACUUCUUAAACUCAAUGACCUUAAACAUACCGGUAAGCCUUUUAAAUCUGUAUCUGUGAUUUGUGUUGAAUGUACUUUUUUUGUAAUGUUUUUUUUGUGGUCGUUUGAUGUGUAAAGUGUGUGAUAUAGUAAGGGCUGUACAAGAAAAAGUCUGUAAUAAAUAAAAUAAAAACAUUUGCAUUAAUGAAAAUUACAUGACAUAUUGCUUAAAUAUGCACAUUGUUGAGUUUUUAAAUAACACAAACUAUUAUUUGAAAUAUUAAAGAUACUCAAG